GAGGGGGUGUACCCGGAUGUGACGCAAUUGCAUUGCUCCACCUUCUCAGAAAUCAAAUCUUCCAGUGGCGGAAAAAUCUAGCGGUACCUUGCACAACACAUGCCAUCUCAGAAUGUCGAACAAGUUUGUCAUAAAGUGUGGGAACUUUGCUGUGCUGGUGGAUCUCCAUGCCCUGCCCCUGGGCUGCCGAGAAGACACCAGCUGGUUCUCCCAGGAACUCAAGGAGGAAGUGAGCGCUCUGAUAAGAGAAGUGGUGGACCAGCGGGUCAAGCAGUUCCUGGAGUCCCGGUGGCAGCCGCAGCAGAAGGGACUGCAGGCCAAGCAGAGGAAGGAGCUGAGUUCUGCCAACCCCCUGUGUAUCAAAGGGCCCUCCUUUCGCCUGGCAGCGUACUUCAUGAAGAGGCACACCAAUCUCCGAUGCAUCGCCAAACAACGUCACCGAGAGUUACGUGUCUUUCCCGAACGGUUUGUCGUGUGUGUGAGCAGACUGGAGGACGCAGCGGCGGCGCGCGGAGGAAAUGUGACCCGAUCUAUGGAGGAACAGGGUGGACAAAGCAGCUCGGAGUAUUUUUCCGGACGGGGCGAAACCCUAGACCCAUUAAACAGCUCAGCAAUAACAAAGAGGACCGCCCUUCAAAAGAUGGUAAAGCAAGCAAGCGCCCAGGUCGACCCCAGAAACCCUAACCCACUGAACAAAAACUACGGCAAGCCGGAGGCACUGAGCCUGUCCAGUUCGUCUGCAGCGGCGCAGGGAGAUGUGGUGCCACCACUCUCCGGUCCCAGGGAUGUGGGUGGGCGCGCGGUUGUCGGUGGGCUCCUGGGGGGCAUAGUGGCGAGCUCCGCGGGCGCCUGCCUGGAGGGGGGAGAAGGUGAAGUGCUGGCGCCUCGCUCCAAACCCAGGAAUGAGCGCUCGGGGACCGCAAGCCGGAAAGUGUCUGCCAACCCACAGCAGCAGGAGAGCAACAGUGACCCCACCACCUCCACCACCACUGCCGCCAUCACCACCACCACCGUUCCCCCACAAGCCCAGCCCUGCGUGGGGGACGACAGCAGCAGCAGCAACAACAGCGUCAGUGGCAGGAGCAGGAAAAGAGCCGUCUGCCUACAGGCGGGCCUGCUUAAGCAAAACGCAAAGCGUCUCUGCGUCAGAGGGAGUUCAGAGCCAACCACAGAGGUGCAGCAGCAGCCUGACAGCUCCAAGAGGGCCUCAACAAGGAGCUCCGUGCCUGGACCCUCUCCCUGUUCGCCACCACCACCACCUUCUCCGCAGCUAUUGGAGUGUGUGCUAGAGGUGGAACAAGAGGCGGAACAUGGUAAUCAGUCCGGGCGACUCCCCCUCCGCAUCAGUAACGCGGAGCAGACAAACUCAAGCAGGCUGGCCGCAAGUCUGAGAGGCCUAUCUGUCAAGCCUGUAUCCUCUGGCUCCUCUAUUGGUUCCAGACUUGCCGCCAAGGAGGAGAAGGAGGAGCGGGAGGAGGAGGAGGAGGGGGGAGGCCGAGCGCAGCCAGAACAUCUCGACUACGGCGGCCCAAAAAGUCCUGAGGGAGCUAGGCCUGCUGCAGUAAAGAUGCCUGACGCCACGCAAAAUGGAUGUUGCUGCAUGUCUCUGCACACUGCGCUUUGUCUCUGAUGCACCCACACAGUCAUGGAAUCUCUCUCUCUCCCUCUCCCUUUCACACACACACACACACACACACUUACUCAGUCUAAAUGUCUCCCGUGCACAAUCAGUAUCAUACGUUUUCCCUGUCUUUGUCAUAUUACUUUAGUCUGGAAUGGAGUCUACAUGAGUUGGUUCCAACAAAUUGUAAAUGAGAAACGUAAAUAAAUAACAACGCAUUCAUACAUACUCAAAACAUUAGUUCUUCACAGUACACGGUUUAAAGACUUAAUCUUCUACUGAAGAUUUGAAUUUCAGACUACUAGGAGCCACGGAGGACGCCCAUGGCAAGAAGCCCAAAUCACCCUGGCUCCAUGUGUCUGAAAUAUCAAAUCUUCAGGCUUUAGCAGAGAUCUAUGAUUGAUUUCUGUGUGUUUUCACAUACAAAAAAUGCCUUUAAGUAGUUUUCGUCUGUUGCCCUGGAGCCAACUAAUUUGCUCGUCAUGGCGAUCAGGAUAGGAUGGUUUGUUUGUCUUUGUUGUUGCCAAACAAUUUUUGUGAGCAGAGACGUAGUUCCGUUUACGCUUAUGAUUAGAAGUCAACAUUCCACUUGCAUGUCACACACAUCAUUUCUCAUAAACACAUGACGGUACAAACAACCUCUGUCUUUUUUACCCAUUUGUACUUACAUCAUGCAAGGGCAUCUGGCUGUAAUUAAUUAGAGUGGCACACAUACUAUCUGUAACCAACUAUUUUGAUUGUUUAUGUAAUAAAAAAAAAUGCUGAAA